CCAAUGUUGGAGUGAUAUGCUUUUGGCCACUGCUGGCAUACUGCAUUUCGUCCAAUCCUGCUAUACUAUUUAUGGUCACUUGGGCAACAACAAACGUACUCUCCCUUACUUCCCUCCUAAUAAAAAACUCGGAUUAGCGGCAUGGGGAAUAAUCCGCACCUGACCUGUCUUUGGUCUACUUCUUCAUUGUUGGCCUCGUCCUUUAUGUAUCUGCUAGCCUACCUAGUAGGUACUAGAUACGUAGUAUUCAUCUUCUGCUAACAUUAUGAGGUGUAACUACCACUAGCAGUAGCAGUAGCAGUAAUGGCAGAUAAGUUCAAUAUCCUCCACGAUCUCAGCCCCUUGCUCUCACCUCAGGCAUCCAUUGUCCUUCCUGGUGAUAUUGCCUUUUCCAACCUCACAAGCAGAUGGAGAGAAUACCGAGCGCCAAACAUCUCUGUUGUCGUGCAGGUGGCUACUGAAGUAGAUGUCCAGCAAACUGUCCAGUAUGCAGCGAAGCACAAUAUCCCGUUUGUUGCCAGAGCCGGAGGCCAUGGCGCAACUGAGGCUUUAGGUACCGCAAGUCAUGCCAUCCAAAUCGACCUUCGCGCUCUGAACGAGGUCAUCCUGUCAACGGAUGGUACAACUGCCACCAUCGGCGGAGGCGCAAACGUGAAGCAUGUCGUCAAUACGCUGGAAUUAUUAGGAAAGCGGACGGUGACUGGGACUUGUGACUGUGUUGGAAUGUCUGCACCUAUCUUGGGAGGAGGCCAUGGCUGGCUUCAAGGCCAGUACGGUCUCAUGGCUGACCAAGUCGUCUCGGCCCGCCUAGUGCUCCCGAAUGGUGAGCUCAUCACUGUAUCCGAGAAAUCCGAGCCAGAUCUUUUCUGGGCCAUCCGAGGCGCUGGGCACAAUUUUGGUAUUGUGACGGAGUGGGAAUACCGCGUCUACGAUGCCAAGCCCAAGUUGUCGUACGAGAUAUUCAUUUACUCUGGAGACAAGCUCGAGGCGCUGUACAGUCUAGCGAAUAAUAUGCUCAAAGACCAACCACCAGAGCUCAUGCACUGGGGAUACAUCAUCAAAGUGGCCGAACUUGAUCCCGAACAUCCCAUCCUCUGGUUUAUCAUCAUCUACGAUGGCCCCACGGAGGCGGCGCGCGAACACACCAAACCAUUCCAUGGCAUCGAAUCCAUUACGGUCCAAUCUGGCGAAGCAGCGCUAUCCGAGCUUUCCGCGCUUACCUUUCAGGAUGAAGACGGGCCGGGCUGUGCCUACGGGCUGACCUCUCUCCGCUACCCAAUCGGGCUGAACUCGUACAACAUUGCCGCCGUCCGAAAAGUAUACAACGAGAUCGACUCGACGUUCCGCGCCGUCCCCGAAGUCGCCGGCUCCUUCUUCCUACUCGAGGGCUACUCGACGCAGGGCGUGCGAGCCGUCGACCCCGCCACGACAGCGUUCCCGCACCGCGACGACAGGAUCGUGGUGACUUCGUACAUCCAAUACAAGCCCAACCCGGCCAUUGACCCUGUCGCGCAGGCGUUCGGGAAGAAGCUACGGCAGUACUUGCUCGAUGGGAGCGAUGAUCCGGCACACCUCCGGGCCUACGUCAACUACGCCAAUGGCGACGAAUCUCUCCAGGAAGUUUAUGGCUGGGAGGGCUGGAGGUUAGAGAGGCUGAGGAAGCUGAAGAAGCGGUGGGAUCCUAAGAAUGCGAUGCGGUACUACGUCCCUAUUGAGUAGGGACGUCUGAGCCUAGGACCCCCACCAAGGCACUGCAGGAGAUGUAGUAGUUAGUCUACGAAGUUUGAUGCUUUAUAUUCUAGCAUUGACCCCUUUCCUACACAGGUCUUUUUCAUCGUCGUCUACUGUGCUGAUCUAUACGCACUUGGCAGCUACAGGUGGGUGAGACUGUGCUCAAAGACUGGAAAUAUCAGGCAUGGCUUCUCGGUUCUUUGAUAAUAGGUAUAUUCCAAAGUUAUCUAAAGCAAUUACUAAAUUGAUUUACAUAUUCAAAUGCA